UGUUGAAUGCAUUGACUGUAACUACGCUUUAGUGUAAUGAGUGUUAGUGUAUAUGAUAUGAGAGUCAGUCUAAUGUUUAUACGAUAAGUCACUCAUUAGCAGCUGAUUUGAAGCUAUGAUUAAAUAUCAUUGAAUUUAUAACGUAUUAGACAUAAGACUUGAAUAAAAUCAGCAAAAAAUUGAUUACAAUUGUCAUCUGAUUUGACAUUAAGUUGUAGUGAAUGGUGUCUCAUAUGAUGACCACUUGUUUAGUUGUUUGACAGCCAAUGACCCAAACAAUUAAAUUAUAGUAUCGUUGAAACCAAUGGUACGACUAGUGGUGGACAACAAGUGAUGAAUUAAGAUUAUACGCUCAAGACAUGGGAUCAAUUAAUUUUGGUGUCGAAACCAAUGAUGAGAUGCAGAACUCAGUGUUCGUUAACUUCAAUCAGGACUCGACGUCACUCGCGAUCGGCACUAAAACUGGUUACAAGUUAUAUGCCUUGACUUCAACCGAUAAAUUGGAUUUGCUUUACGAGGACGUAUCUGAAGACAUCCGGAUUGUCGAGCGAUUGUUUUCAUCGAGUCUUUUAGCGAUAGUGAGUCUGUCGUCACCGCGAAAGUUGAAGGUAUGUCACUUCAAGAAGAAGACAGAGAUAUGCAACAACUCGUACGCCAAUACAAUACUAGCCGUAAAACUGAAUCGACAACGACUUAUCGUUUGCCUCGAAGAAAGCAUUUACAUCCAUAACAUUCGCGAUAUGAAGUUAUUACACACAAUCAAAGACAUGCCGUCCAAUCCCAACGGUCUGUGCGCACUAUCGCCCAACUCUGACAACUGUUACUUUGCAUAUCCGGCCAACAAUACCAGCGGUGAAGUUAAUAUUUUUGAUGCAGAGAACCUUCAAAACAAGGUUUUGAUUACAGCUCACGACAACCCAUUGGCCGCUAUUGCUUUCGACUCACAGGGAGUCAAGAUUGCCACGGCUUCGGAAAAAGGAACUGUGAUUCGGGUAUUCAAUGUUGUGGACGGACAAAGUCUUUAUGAGUUUCGACGAGGAUAUGCCCGAUGUGUUACUAUAUAUUCAUUAUCUUUCAGCAGUGAUUCACUGUUUUUAUGUGCCUCUAGUAAUACAGAAACGGUUCAUAUUUUCAAGUUAGAAGAUUUGACUGAAAUAAAACCAACCGAAGAGCCAAAAGGACUAUUGGGAUAUAUAAGCACUUAUGGUGCGAAAGCUUUGCAACAAACGGCCAGUUAUUGGCCAUCGAUGGCAGAUAUGAUGAAUCAGUGGCGAUCCUUUGCCACCGCUAAACUAUCCCUUUCUGGACCCCGAAAUGUGUGCUCAGUGGCCAACAUUCAAAAGGUUCCCCGAGUGCUGAUUGCGUCAGCCGAUGGUUACCUUUAUAUCUACGAUCUAAACGUCAAUGAAGGCGGAGAUUGCACUUUAAUCAAACAGCACAGAUUGGAUGAGACUAUUAAGAGUGCAGAAGCAAGCAAUGUAGCCAAUAAUGAGGAAUCCUCGCCACAAACAAGUGAAUCCUCGGCACCCGAUUAUGACGGAGAGUUCCCUCCCAUGACUUAUUCUCCAGGAUUUUGAACUUAUUCUUGACAUUCAAUGUUGUCAUAAAACAGUUUACCACUGAUUUAAUCAGUUAUAUAUAAUUUGUAUAAUAAUUGACUAUUUAUGGGACAUAAGUCUCUUUUUGAUAAACUUGUACUAUAAAGUAAAUAAUGCAUUGCUGUAAAUAUUUAAAUUAAUUAUCAAACAAUCAAAGUAUAGUCUCAAUUGAUUUGUAUUAUUGAUUUCAUUAAUAAUGUAUGUAUCGUAAUAUCGAAAUGUUUAUUUGCAGCCAAUAAUUACUUUGU